UCGAUCCAAACCUCCUCUCUCUCUUUACCCUCUCGCUCUUGACCUAACCCUAACCCAAAACAACACUAAACCCAACACACCCCCUUCUCUCUCUCUUCUUCUUCUUUCUCUCCCAAACCCUCACCAACGGGAGGAACACCAAGAAAACUUUGAAUACCUUACUCUAAGCCAUCUCAUGAGAUCAUUAGAGAGAAAUAAACAUGUCCUCUUCUUCAGCUGUUUCAGCUGAAAUUCUGGUUGCUGAUAUGCCCAAAGCCCCCUUCCCAUCCCUCUCUUUUCUUGGUCAAGCUCACUAGCUAGCAUUCAAUUCCUCAAACACCCAAAAGAAAAUCCUCCAAGAAAGAAAAGAAAAAAUACCCACAACAAAUUAGAGCUUUCUCUCUCUUCCCAUCUCUCUCUCUCUCAGAAUUUGCACAAACUUUGUAUAUGGAUCCAGUUACAGCACACGGUCGUCCUCUUCCACCUCCUUUCCAUACCAGAGAUCUUCAGCUCCACCACCACACUCCUCCUCUUCAGUUCCAGCACCACCACCACCAACAGCAAAAAUCUGAAGAUGAACAACAAAUGGGAGGAAUUAGCCUAAACCGCGGCCAAAAACGCGAUCGCAAUGAAAAUAAUUCGCCUGUAACCCCUGCUGCCGCUGCUACCACCACCACGAACACCAACUCCUCCGAAGGAAGAGAAUUAGUCUCCCUUACCGGCGAAGGCGAGAUCACGAGAAGACCCCGAGGCCGCCCCGCGGGGUCCAAGAACAAACCCAAGCCGCCGAUUAUAAUCACCCGUGAUAGCGCCAACGCCCUCCGGUCGCACGUCAUGGAAAUCGCCAACGGUUGUGAUAUCGCGGAGAGCGUGUCGACUUUUGCUGCGAGGCGGCAAAGAGGGGUUUGCAUUUUGAGUGGCAAUGGAACCGUCACUAAUGUCACUCUGCGGCAGCCAGCGGCACCCGGUGCGGUCGUCACUUUACACGGCCGAUUCGAAAUCUUGUCGCUUUCUGGGUCCUUUUUACCGCCUCCUGCACCACCGGCUGCGUCAGGUUUGACCAUAUACUUAGCCGGCGGUCAGGGACAGGUGGUUGGAGGGAGCGUAGUAGGUCAACUCUUGGCUUCCGGACCGGUUGUAAUUAUGGCGGCAUCUUUUGGAAAUGCAGCAUAUGAAAGGUUGCCCCUCGAGGACGAGGAGCCCCCGGUAUCCAUGCCAGGGAGCGGGUCCCUAGGCUCGCCACCGGGUAUAGUUGGUCAACAGCAGCAGCAGCAACAGCAACAACAACAACUCAUGAAUGAUCCAAACUCACCUCUUUUUCAUGGGUUACCUCCAAAUCUCCUAAAUUCAUGCCAAUUACCAGCUGAGGCAUAUUGGGGCACAGGUCGCCCACCUUUUUAACAAGAAAAUUAAAGAUUAAUUUCUUGUUUUUGUUUUUCUUUGCUUCUUCCACUUGUUUUUUUUUUUUUUUUAAACUUUCCCAAGUCACCAAUCACUCACCAACCUUGCAUUCUUCUUCUUUCACAAGUACUAGUAGUUGUUGUUAAAUAUGUUAAUCUUGGUUAUAUCUUGCUAGUCUAUAUGGCUUUUGAUUGAAGAGGGAUGUACAUAAAUUCAUGAAUUCUUGGUGCUUUUGAAUGAUAUCCUAUCUACAAAUAGCUUUUUCAGUUCA